AUAUGCCGUGGCAUUAAGACACGUAAGUUGUUAUUACUCCCUGCCUAGCAUUUCCGACGGAUGUCUCAAACUCUCACCCGCAUGGCUUUAUAUUUUCCUCGGGACCUCUGGGCUUCGGGUUCGCUCCGUCUCUGAAACCCUGAGCGAGGGUUUUCUCUUUUUGUAUUUCUUCGUUUCUUCGAUCCCAUUCUAACAAAUAAUUUCAGAGGGGGAGGAUUUGGGAGAACUUGUACGCCUUCGAUCUCUUUAAUCCGGCUUCGAUUCGUUUGCAUAUCCUUCAGAUCUUCGAAAGGGUUGUACUGAUUUAAUUUAAAUAGCCCAAAAUGGGAGGAGGGUUCAGAGUUUUGCAUCUUGUCAGACCAUUUCUGUCAUUUCUGCCUGAAGUUCAGAGUGCUGAUCGCAAAGUUCCCUUCAGGGAGAAGGUGAUAUACACUGUCAUAUCUCUUUUCAUCUUUCUAGUGUGCAGUCAGCUCCCUCUCUAUGGCAUACAUUCUACAACAGGAGCAGAUCCAUUCUAUUGGAUGCGUGUCAUUCUUGCUUCAAAUCGUGGAACUGUCAUGGAACUUGGUAUCACUCCAAUUGUGACAUCUGGAUUGGUCAUGCAACUAUUGGCUGGUUCAAAGAUCAUUGAAGUGGACAACAGCGUGCGUGAAGAUCGGGCCCUUUUAAAUGGUGCACAGAAGCUGUUGGGCAUUCUUAUUGCAGUUGGCGAAGCAGUUGCAUAUGUUCUAUCCGGGAUGUAUGGUAGUGUGAGCCAACUUGGAGUGGGGAAUGCCAUCCUUAUAAUUGUUCAACUCUGCUUUGCGGGUAUCAUUGUUAUAUGUUUGGAUGAACUUCUUCAGAAAGGAUAUGGUCUAGGGUCUGGUAUUUCCCUUUUCAUAGCAACAAAUAUCUGUGAGAACAUAAUUUGGAAAGCAUUUAGCCCGACAACUAUUAACAGUGGUCGUGGAGCUGAAUUUGAAGGUGCUGUUAUUGCUUUGUUCCAUCUUCUGAUAACUCGAACUGAUAAGGUUCGUGCUCUUCGUGAGGCUUUCUACCGACAGAACCUUCCAAAUGUGACGAAUUUACUAGCCACAGUCUUGAUCUUCCUCAUUGUUAUCUACUUCCAAGGGUUCCGUGUUGUCUUGCCUGUGAGAUCAAAGAAUGCCCGUGGACAGCAAGGAUCAUACCCAAUCAAACUGUUCUACACCUCCAACAUGCCCAUCAUUCUACAAUCUGCACUUGUCUCCAACCUUUACUUUAUUUCACAGCUUCUGUACAGGAGGUACAGUGGAAAUUUCUUUGUCAAUCUGCUAGGUAAGUGGAAGGAAUCUGAAUAUUCAGGCGGGCAAUUCAUUCCUGUUGGUGGUGUUGCAUACUAUAUUACUGCACCAUCAAGCUUGGCAGAUAUGGCAGCCAAUCCUUUCCAUGCUUUGUUCUAUCUUGUGUUUAUGCUGUCAGCUUGUGCACUUUUCUCAAAAACCUGGAUUGAAGUUUCUGGAUCAUCUGCUAGAGAUGUAGCUAAGCAGCUCAAGGAGCAACAAAUGGUGAUGCCUGGUCAUAGGGAGUCAAAUUUACAGAAGGAACUGAACCGUUACAUACCCACUGCAGCAGCCUUUGGAGGCAUGUGCAUUGGUGCAUUAACAGUGCUGGCAGACUUCAUGGGAGCGAUUGGGUCUGGGACUGGUAUUCUGCUUGCAGUCACGAUCAUUUACCAGUAUUUUGAGACAUUUGAGAAGGAAAGAGCCAGUGAGUUGGGCUUCUUCGGUCUCUAAGCCUGUCGUAUAGUUGUUUCGUUUGCAAGGAAUGGGUGGGAGUGCCAACAAGCUCCCAAACAGUUGGUGAGCUGAGAGAUGUAAGUAGAUCCUCCCUUUUUUUACAUGACAAGGUUAGAGGUUGAGAUCAAGAUCGAGAUGACAGGGUAGUUCAACUGUAGGUUUAUUUACUGUUUCAGUUUUCCUUUUUGUGGGGGACUUUGGUACCGAAUGUUGGAAAACACAUGAAGGUAGUAGAUAUUGCCAAGCUUUCAGAGGAAAAACAAGGUGUUAAUGUUGUGGAUCUUAUUCUCAUUUGAGUUGCUCGUCGUGUACCAUUGGUUCUUGUUAACUGUAAGACUUUGAGGUCUUGUAAGACCUUGAGGAUUACUGAUUUUUUAUUUUUUAUUUUGGUAGAAGAUUACUGAUCAAAACCCAAAAAGUGUCUGCGAGACGCGGAGACCAUUUGAGACAAAAAUACCUUUUAUCUUUUUCUCUACUUCCCAAAUGUGGUUUUUUCCAUCAUUGUUAUUGUAUGUUUUUGGCUUCGCA